AUGACAGACUUCUUCGGCGGAAACUCAACCAAAGCCACCUCCGGUAUCAACGGCGCCCUCACACGAACGCAAGUCGAUUUGGGCAUUCAAGAUAGCGUCAAGCAGUUUUACGAAGAUACUUUGAAGUCGGCCCGUGACAAAGCAAGACCGGACCUGAUCCGAGUCCUCACAUAUCAGUCCGCCGCCGCUGUCGAGUGGCUGCAGGAUGUCUUCAACCUCGACCUGACCCUUGUUUCUCGGCUAGGUGGACACUCGUUUCCCCGAACCCACCGUGGCCAUGACGCCAAAUUCCCCGGAAUGGCCAUUACAUACGCGCUGAUGCAGAGACUGGAAGAACUCUGCGAAUCGGAUCCGGAAAGAGUUCAAGUCAUCAAAAAGGCCAAAGUCACAUCUUUGAACAAGGAAGGAAACCUGAUCACUGGUCUCAAGUAUGAGUUUGGUGGCGAGACGCACUCCGUCGACGGUGUGGUUGUCCUAGCUACUGGUGGCUACGCUGCCGACUUCACCGAGACUUCGUUGUUGAAGAAACACAGACCUGACACCUUCCACCUCUCAUCCACCAACGGCACCCACGCCACGGGUGACGGCCACAAGAUGCUGAUGGCGAUUGGCGCCAACGAUAUCGAUAUGGACAAAGUGCAAGUUCACCCUACCGGCUUGGUCGAUCCCAAAGACCCUGGCUCGAAGUGGAAGUUCCUGGCCGCUGAAGCCCUUCGAGGUGAAGGUGGCAUUCUUCUCAAUAGCGAUGGAAAGCGCUUUUGUGAUGAUCUGGGCCACCGUGACUAUGUCUCAGGCAAGAUGUGGGAAGAGAAAGAGAAGGGCAAGUGGCCAAUCCGCUUGGUCCUUAACUCAAAGGCGUCCAACGUGCUCGACUUCCACACUCGCCACUACUCUGGCCGUGGCCUGAUGAAGAAGAUGACUGGCAAAGAACUUGCAAAGGAAAUUGGUUGUGGAGAGGCUGCUCUUGACGCAGAGUUCAAGUCCUACAACGACAUCGCCGCAGGCAAGAAGAAGGACAUCUGGAACAAGAAGUACUUCCACAACAUGCCCUUGGACAUCAAUGACACAUUCCAUGUGGCCCUGAUGGAACCCGUACUGCACUUCACCAUGGGUGGCAUGGAGAUCAACGACAAGGCUCAAGUCCUGAACCAAGAGAAGAAGCCCUUUGAGGCUCUUUUCGCUUGCGGCGAGUUGGCUGGUGGUGUUCACGGCGCCAACCGACUGGGUGGUUCCUCCCUGCUUGGCUGUGUAGUUUAUGGUCGUGUUGCUGGUGCUUCUGCGUCGCAGUAUCUCUUCCAGAAACUGACAGCCGGUGGCGCAACCGGUGCUUCUCAACGCCUGGGCCAGAUCUCCCUGCACAUUGACCCCAGCACGCCUGGCAAGGUCUCUGUAGAGUGGGGCAGUGGCGCAUCGGGUGCUGCAGCGUCAGCAGGUAGCGCCCCCAUCGAACAGCAGUCUCAAAAGAGCGCUGCGCCUGUACUUGAUGGCAACAAGAGCCAGGACCCUGCAAAGAAGAAGGACACCAACGAUGUCAGCAACUUCAAGGUUCCAGACAAGGAAUACUCUCUGGAAGAAGUGGCCAAGCACAACAAGAAGGACGAUCUUUGGAUCGCUGUCAAGGGUGUUGUCAUGGAUGUGACGAACUGGCUGGAUGAGCAUCCAGGUGGUCCCCAAGCAUUGUUCAGCCACAUGGGCAAGGAUGCUUCAGAAGAAUUCGAAAUGCUUCACGACGACGAGGUCAUUCCCAAAUAUGCUGCAGAUAUUGUCAUUGGUCGUGUAAAGGGACAAGAAGUGCGGCUGGAAUACUAA